CUAUACCUCUUCCCGUCCCUGCUUGUCUGCCAGAGGGUAUAGUAACCUUCGUACCAUUCUUGACGGGACUUCCAACACAUAGUGAAUGAGCCAUGGAACCAAAUCGCCCCAAGCGACACCUCUUAUCGUUACCGGCGGAGAUCCGGAUCCUAAUCUACAAGGCGGUGUUUGACGAUAAUGAUGUUUGUGAAAUCCAACGCAGACCCAUUCCCGUCUGGUGUCCUGUCGACAAAUGCUGGCACCAAGUCCGGCGACAGUUCAUGGCCGACCAGACUAAUCGAAAUAGCUGGGAUGGCUUCUGUUCACAUCCGGGAUGUCAAACGAAACAGGGGCAAACAGUCAGCCGCGACAUCUACGUCGGUCAUGGUCCACUCAUCGCCUCCGGGCAUUAUCCAUGCCCCCAAUCCCUGGACAGGAAUCCAGCGCUUAGUCUCGGCUUCCUUCGCACCUGUCGCCAGGUAUACGAAGAGGCACGACACUUCCCCUAUAGUCGAGCCACCUUUUUCACCCAAGAACUUGGCAGCUUUGCCAACUUCACCUAUUGCUUGAAAGCAUGGCAAGUCGCCUCCAUAGCCCAUCUCCGAAUCCGGAUCCCUUUGGUGCAGAGCGUAGAGACACAUCUGGCCGAAUGGAACGAAACGCUCUCGUUGAUCAGCCUGGCAUUCCACGGCUUGUCUACUAUCUCUGUUGAUGUCCACUUCCGCUAUGCUGAGCAGACCUGGAGGGACACCUUCUGGGAUGGCGGGCUCCUAGAAUUGGAUCGGUUAAAGUUGAAGGGCAUGCAACUGGUCAUCUACGAGGGGGAAAGGGAUCCCCGUCAGUUUUUCGAGUAUUCAGCGGGGACCCUGGCAUCUCCAAAGCCGAAUCAGAAGGCUGUCACCCCCAACCCCAUCAGCUUCCACCAUGCCCGUGAUACCCUUCGACAACGUGACCAGUCGCGCAUUGAUCCCAACGAUACCGGGCGCUUAUUCUUCCGUCUGUCACCCAACGAUUUCCCUCUCUAUGUGUGCAAUCUCAUCCACUUGCUGCCUCAGCGGCCUCGCACUGAAGCGGAGAUCCGACGCGAGGAUAGACACCAGCGGGACUACAACUACCACUACGCUUAUCCCGAGGACGAUCCUGGACACGUGAACCCAAUCUUUGGCUUCCAAUUCAGUGACGCGCUGAAGGAAAACAAGGAUGAAAUUGCGCGAGGGCUAGAUAAGCUGCAGCGGUCUCGCAAACGCCUGCAGCAGCAGAGGGCCAAGUCGCCCUUGCCUUUGCCGUACAAGCCCAGUCGGAGAGGCGUCUACCCACAGAGUCGGAGGAAUAGCCAGGAGUAUCAAUCCGACCGCAGUGAUAUGGGCGAGGAGGUUGAGCGUCCCGGAGACUGGAGACGCCGCUUGGUUCAGGAAAAGUUUGCACCGUUUAUGGAGUCCUUCCCAUUGUCAGCGACCCGAAAAUACCCCGGACCCCAGAGCAUUUGUUUGAAUUGCCCAGGAGAGGCAACUGGAGACAGCGAGCAUCUGAAAUAAAAGUUUUGUAAAUGGUCUCACUGCAUGUAUAUAGUGAAGACAUAAUUUUCCUUAAUAGA